UAAUUAUCUUGCAAAUAAUUAAUAUUGUAUAAAUAAACCAAAUAAAUACACUUAAAAAAGAAAUUAGUUAAGAAUGUGUGAAGUCGAAACUAUUACAAAAAUCGCCAAAACUCUUGGUGUUCCAGCUGGCGAAGUGAAGCUCAAUUCUGAGAAGAUCAUUACUCGCACGAACAACAACAACACAGUAUCUGGUUUUGCCACAAUUCUUAACGCACUUGCACAAGAAUCUAAAUCAGAGAUUGCCCGCAACAGUACAGCGACCAGGGAAAUUGCCGCGGACGUCUACCAAUGGAUUGAAUUUGCUGUAUUGUAUGUGGCACCUGGUUCCAAAGACAAACAUAUAUCGCAUCAACUACUACGUGAUUUUAAUAAACUAUUCGCUACUAAAUCCUACUUAGUAGGAUAUUUCAUUACAUUAGCGGACUUAGCUAUAUUUUAUGCCAUCUACAAUUUAGUGAAAUCUCUUUCACCGGUCGAAAAAGAAAAUUAUUUAAAUCUCUCCCGCUGGUUUGACCAUCUGCAACAGAGACCAGAAAUACGUCAAGGCGGUCAAGUGCUCAACUUCACCACAAUUUACUUGCAUGGUUGGGCGAAAGGCACACAUAUGUAAAUCUCCCACACGUCAUGUUAACGAACUAUUUAUUUUCCCCCGUGAAUAACAAUAACAACAUAUAAUAGUAUAUGAAAAAACUAAGUAGGAAAAAGUGUACGUAUUUAUUUGAAAUCACUUAAUGUAUUACAUACUAAAAUAUGCUCAAUCA